AUGAAAACACUCACCCGGCCUGCGACUUCUUCCACAACCACAAAUUCACCGAAUAUCGAGACGACACCGGAUACACUAGAACUUCAUCUCGUGGUCGAUAUCGUCGGCCCAGGCUCAAAUUCUCAACCCAACACCACAUAUCCCCCAAUGACCCUCAGCCAAGACUUUCCUGAGGGCCUGUGGAAGCGAAGCUUUCAAAAGCUUUCUACAAAACAACAGGAGCAACUUGAAGCUUACCGAGCACAGGAGCAACUCAAAUCAAAUGCGGAAGCUCCGGAGCCGUCCAUCAAAGACCUCAUUGAUGUUACCAGAACAAAGCAGAAAGAGUGGGAAGACCGUCGAUGGGUCUUAAAGUUCCACGGCCACACAAUCGUUCCAAGGGACUACAUGGAUAACAUAGUGAAUUGCCUAACGGUUGCCGGAGAUAUUGGUGUCAACUUCGUCCCCAAACCGGCAGACGUUGUUUGGCCUGUGAUUAAGGGCGCCAUGCAGGCCACGGCCACUGCGGAAGCUGAAAUCGGGGCCACCCUUACGGUUGCCGAUUUGCUGGUUCGGUACAUCAGUUGUGGAAACGCAUAUGCGAGAAACUACCUCCCCAAAGCCAAGGAUGAGCUUAGAGAGAGACUUGAGUUAGCACUGGAAAACAUGUGUAUUGUGUGUUUGAAGCUCAUAUGUGUCACUGUGAAGCAACUACAGCGCCCGACGGCUUUACGAGUCGGUCGGGCUCUUUGGGAUCCCGAGGAAGUCCAAUCACAGGUCUCUGAAUUGGAGCAGUCUUAUUCUGCACUACUCGCAGUUACGCAGAAUUGUCAAAGUGAUCUUGUCGAUCAGAUCGAUGAACGUAUCCAUCAGUUCGUCAAUGAUUUUAGCAACUUUGAAACUUUUGUUGCAAAGAACUUUUACAUGGUACUGGAAAGACUUGAUGAUUGGAGAAUGACCCAAACACUGGACUGGAUCUCUCCCAUAAAGGCACAAGACCGACAUGACCUCACCAACACGGAUCGUUUGCCAGACACUUGCGACUGGCUAUUGAAAAACCCCAUAUUUAGGGAAUGGGAUAUGAGCAGACAGAAUGCAACUCUCUGGCUUCAAGGAUCUCUUGGGACUGGCAAAACCUACCUGACAUCCAAAGUCAUCGAGCAACUUCUCAAAACCACAAUGCCCUGGGAGGGAUUUGCGUACUACUACUGCAAGCGCACGAGGGGACGGGGUGAUGAGAAGCCAGAUGAUAUCAUUCGAAGCCUCUUUCGUCAACUAGCAGUUCCAGGCCAGGGCUCUCAUAUCAGCAAGGAUGUUCAGGAUCUCUUUCUUCAAUACAAAGAUAAGACGUCUUCUCCAGAUAUCAACACAUGCAAAGAACAACUUCUCAAGCUGAUUAAUCAAUACGGUCGCACGACCAUUGUUCUUGAUGCUCUUGAUGAAUGUGACAAGGUCACAAGAAAGAUGUUGUUCAAUGUCAUUUCCGAUCUUGGGACCAAGUCGGAAAAGCCAAUGCGGGUAUUCUUCUCUGCGAGACCAGAUCCAGACAUCAGGAUGCACUUUCGUGGUCAUGCCACAAUACACAUCCAAGCCACGGACGUCAAUAAUGAUAUCAGACUUUUGAUUGAAGAAAAAGUGCGAGUCAUUCAAUGCUGGGAUGAUAUGUCAAGACAUGAUCAAAAGCAAACCGUUGACAAACUUUGUGAAAAGAGUGCCGGGAUGUUUCAAUUGGUUAAUCUCCAAAUCCCAUAUCUCAUGAGCUGCGGCUUGAAACAGGACGUCUUCGCCCAGCUUGAUAAAAUGCCAGAAGACCUCACAAAGGCCUAUAAGGACAUUUAUGACAGACUAGCCCGGAAUCAUUUCCAAAAACGGAUUGUUGACCGUGCAUUCAUGUGGGUGAUGUGCACAUAUGAACCGCUCACUACUACACUUAUUUUGGCAGCAAUUCGUCUUGAUGCAGGGGAAGAGGAGCCUCAAGAGAGAAUAUCCAAAGAUACUUUACUGAACCUUUGCAGCAAUUUGCUUGUCUGUGAUACAAACCAGGACGGUGAUAGCUGGGGAUUCUCACACGCUUCUGUCGUCGAAUUCAUCGAAGAAAGAUUAUGGAGCUUUCGUGAUGCCCAUUGCUAUGCUGCAAAAGUUUGUCUUCGAUUUCUGAUACGUGCGUAUGAAGAGCCGAUAGGCGAUUUGACUACCGACAAUGACAACGCCAAUGCAAUUUCAUCAAUUGAAAUUCAAGGACAGGGCAUAUUUCGAAAGGAACACGAUUUCCAUCGCUAUUGCCAAUCUCGAUGGAUUAACCAUGUCCAGUAUCAAGAACUGAAUCAACCAAAUGAAGGGGAAAGUUUUGAUGGUCAGCUGAGGUGUCUCCUCCGUCAGCUUAUGGGAUCUCCCACCCAGGGCGGAACAACAUUUGUAAAGACCUUACGGGAGAUUUUACCGUCAAGUCUGCCAAUUCUUGCAAUGUCGCGGUUUUCAUUCUUUGGCAUACUUUCUGACUGGUGGGAUAGCUACGAGGUGCUUAUCGAGAAGGGGGCGUUGGUGGAUCAACAUGGCAAAAAAUUCAGUGCUCUGUCAGCUGCGGCAUCUUGUGGCCAUAAUGAGACAGUCCAGUUUCUUCUCAAUCAUGGAGCUUCAGUAGACCCGCCCACUGAUCGGGUCUAUUUUGGAAGUGCUCUUGCAGGGGCGGCGUCUGGUGGCUAUACGGAGACGGUUCAGCUCCUUCUGGAUCGUGGAGCCUCAAUAAACCCGCCCGUUGAUCAGGCAUGUUUUGAAAGUGCUCUUUCAGAGGCGGCACUUGGUGGCCACACAUUGAUGGUUCAUUUUCUUGUGAUGAAGGGAGCCUCAUUGGAUCAACCUCUGCAAGCAUACUUUGGAAGUGCUCUUGCACUAACGGCAUAUAUGGGAGAUGAACACAUGGCCGGGCUUCUUCUCCUACUUGGGGCUUCUGCGGAUUUGCGUGUUCCAGGAGAAUAUGGAAGUGCCCUUGCAGUUGCGGCAUACAAGGGUAAUGAAAAAAUGGUGGAUCUUCUCAUCAGAGCCGGAGAAGGCUCAGUGAAUCUGCUCAUUCCAGGAGAUUAUGGAAGCGCACUCGCAGCUGCGGCAUAUAUGGGCCAUGAACAGGUGGUCCGCCUUCUUGUUGAUCCCAAUGGCUCAAAGGAUCUGCCUUAUGAAUACAAACACGAACGAACUCUCGCUGCUGCGAUUUUUGGCGACGAGGACCACGCCCUUUCCAGGAUUGCUUCAAAGUUUGAACUCAAGACAAAGAAGGCUUCUGUCAAUCUUCGUCUCCAGAGUGGCCUAUAUGGGAGCAGUCUUGCGGCUUCUGCCGCCAGUGGACAUGCUUGGGUAGUCAGGUACUUGAUAUUUUUUAACGCCGAUGUGAAUCUUACUUUGACCACGGGAAAAUAUGGGACUGCUUUGAACGCAGCUUCUUACUGGGGUCAAACCGAAUGUGUCAAAAUUCUGCUUCGAGCUGGAGCCACUUUAAGUCUUUUCUCGACUCCUGCUACCUUCAGUGAUGCCUUUCUGGCAGCUGAAGGGGCUGUUGGCGCCAGGCCUGAACCAAAUAAAGGAUCGGAGUCAGAAUGCUGGGGAAAUCGCGAUGAGGAAAAAAUAAUAAAUGACAAACAUGAGGUGACGAGAAUCUUGUACGAGAGCAGGGCUAUCUUGCUAGAAGAGGUCGAUCGAUUUCGAAAAAAUCCGUGGCGAUGGUAG